AUGACCCCAAGCACGAACAACUCCCUCUUUUCGACCAAGAACCUUUUCGUCGCGGCACUAACAGCAUCGGUUGCUUGCAGAGUCCACGCGGCGGAAGGCAACAACUCCACCUCGGUCGACCAUGCCACGUUUGGUGACAUUACAUCCGGCAGUGGCAAGUGCGUCACUGGCAACCCCAAUAAGGGCGGAGUCACCCGCGAUCAGGUGGACUGGGUCUGGGAGAACACCAUGUCCAAGUACGUGCCCCAGUUCAAUAACCUCAUCUUCGACCAGCUCGUGACCAACAAGGGUAAGCUCAACUACUGCGUGCGCUGGGACAACGAUUUGCCUUUGACCAAGGCCACGGCAUCUAAGUUCCAGGCGAUGCUCGAGAAGCAGAUCAACCUUUGGAACCACUGGCUCGUAGGCUAUGGAUGUUGGCCGUACGACCAUAUCGACAUUGAUAUUGUGGGAUACGCUGUGAAAGACAAGUCCAUCAUGGACUGGAGCGACGACUCGCUUGGUACGAUCUACGAGGGUCUUUUGGACGCUGAGGGCAGUCCCAAAUGCCCUGAUGAAUGCUACAAGCACCAGAAUCAAGCUGCCAGUGCCGAUACGAGUGGCUGUAAGGGCAACCCCUUCGACAUGUCGCUCUGGUCGUCGACCAUACCGGGGGAAAACGCCGCUGGCACGGGCGGUGACUGGGGUCAGCGUGUCCAAGUGAACGACAUGCUCAACACCAUGGACCAGGAGCAGAUGAGGGUACUGCUUCACGAGAUUGGCCAUGGUUUCGGUUUGCCGGAGAUGUACCUGAAUGAGAACAAGCCUUCGGAUUACCCU